CCCAGAUGGCAUCCUCCCAUGGGCAGCCAGGCGUCGCCCUCCCGAACGCGAUGGUCCAGAACCACAUCCACGAGCUCGCUAUCAAGUCCAUGACGCCCCCGAGGAAGCAGAACACCGCCUGCGAUGCCUGCAGAUCCCGCAAGGUCAAGUGCAAUCGCAUCCCCGGACAGGACAAGCACUGCCUGUCCAAGAACUACCCCUGCACACACUACGUCCAGCAGGCGACCAACGAGAAGAAGCGCAACGUCAACGCGUCCCGCCGGCCUCGGGCUCUGAGCACGAACACCUCAAACUCUCCGGACUACGUGUCCCCGGCGACGAGCUACCCGACCAUCCAGACCGCGUUCCACGUCCCCGCGAGCUUCCAGCACGGUCUUGCCGGGCCGCCGAUCACCCGGAAACGGCGCCAGCACAACCCGUACGCGGAAUGGGGCGACCUCGCGUCCAAGCUCGAGGACCUCUCGUACCGAUCCGAAUUCGCCCUCGACCUCGUCGAAGUCUUCUUCCAGAUCGUCCACACCCGCUUCCCGCUCCUCAACCCGGCCGAGUUCAAAAACCGGCUCGAGCUCCCGCACCCGCCGUCCUACCCGCCCUCGCCCUCCGUCUCCUCCGCCGCCUCCGCCUCCGCCUCGCCGCUCACCUACACCGCCUCCGCCCUCCCGAGCACCAACGGCUCCUUCACGCCGACCACCACCGCCAGCUCCACCCCGACCAGCUUGCGGAUCGGCAGCCACGGCGGCGCAGGAGGACGCGGCGCCGCCCCGCUGCACCCCGCCAUCGUCGCCACCGUCCUCGCGUGGGGCGCCAAGUUCUCGGAGCACCCGCUGCUCGUCGCAGACCGCACCCGGAACGGCGGACAGGGGCUGCUCGCCAAGGCGCUCAUCGAUCGCGCGCGGGAGGUCGCCGAGUCGCUGAAGGUCCACCGCAUCGCGAACGUGGACCACGUCCUCGCCGGCCUGCUCCUCGAACCUCUCCAAGCCCAAAACCCGGAGGAUCCGAGCGGCUUCCACACCUUCUGGCUUGCCGCGUCCAUCCGGCACUUGUUCACGCUUCAGAUCAACCACAAGUCGGUCAUGGGGCAUAUCCAAGAUCCCGAAGCACGUGGGACGAUGAUCUUUGCGUGGUGGAUGGCCUUGAUCGCCGACGCGUACGGGUCCGCGUACUACAGGCGAAAGCCGAUGAUCGACGACGACGACUACGAUAUCGACUUUUACACCACGGAUCCUAUCGUGACCGACGGCGACGCGCAGGCCAACUCGACGCGCGAGCAGCUGGAGUUCCUGGGCUACUACCGCGCCUCGCACGCGCUCUCGCGGACGGCGCGACAGAUGUCUCGCCAGCUCUGGCGGCCCGCGUCGCAGUCGGAGGGCGUUCCGCUCGCCGUCGUGAAGCACCUCAUGAGCCUCCUCGUCGACUGGCGCGAGCGCUAUCUGCCCCAGGUCGGCGUCCCGAGCAACUUCGCGGCGGAGUGGGACUUUAUCUCCGCCAUCUCGGCUUGCGCGAGUGACGCGACGUACCAUGUGAUGUGGAUCAUCCUGUUCAACGCCGUCGACGACUACGGCGUGCGCGAGGUGAACGAGGUCGUCCGGUCCGGCGCGUCGCCUCGCCUGUCGCACAACCAUCUCGAGGCGGAACAGGUCAAGCGCGAGAUCAUGAAGGAGACCUUGCACGGCGCGUUGCGCAUCGCCGGACUGGCCGGCGUCCUGGCGUCGAACGGCUACCUGCGCCUCGACCCGGCGGUGAUGCACGUCAGCUGCAUCCAGGCAGGCACGGUCCUCGCCCGGCUCGGCCGCCCGGAAGUGUCGAACUGCAUCGCCGCGCUCGACCAGUACAGCUACGCGUACGAGGAGGCCGGCGAGCAGGGCUCCGAGAUCAAGCGCGCGUACGCGAAAGCGCGGGCUGGCGAGUCGGAGCUCAUGCAUAUGGCCUCCGUCGCGCCACGGUUGACGGUCAUGGUGGAGCCUCACGGCAUGGAUACAAGUUGAACGGGGGCGGCGCUGCACAUGCGUUUUUGUUUGGUUUACGGUACGGGGCUCGUGCACAUGGCCUCCGUUAUGCCCUGCCGACCGGCAUGGGUUAUAUGGCUUGGAUACCAGUUGAACGCGGGCCCGCCGCACAUCUUGUUUGGGUUCUAAUGUGCUUUUCCUAUUCUGCAUAGAACGGACUAGGUAGGAAAACGAGCAUCGCCGUGAGUCGUCGACUGUGUUGAUUAUACCUCUUUUGUAUGUACAAUCAGUAAAGCACUGUGCCCUGCUAAAGCCUUUCGAUGCAAUAUAUAUAUAACUUCGCGUAGAACGUAUGCAUAUACAAAGAAUGUACGCCAAAGUGCGACGAGAUAUCUAUCAUAGCCUCGUGCUCUUGACCACCUUCGAGAUACCCGUCUUCUCGCCUUCGUACCUGCCUCCCGUCGCCGCGAGACCUCCCUUGAACACCGCGCGCUGCGACGACACCUUCUUCUUCGCCUUCUCGAACCGCUGGCGCUUCUUGACGCGGGGAUUGCGCACGCUCUUUGGCCGGGACGGCGUCAGACCCUUGUUCUUCAAGAUCGCCCGGGUCAAAGACCGCGGUCCGGCGGCUUCGUCGCCACCCUCCAGCUCCGCGCGCUCCGCCAGGCGCGCCUGGUCGUACUCCGCCUUCUUCUUCUCCUUCUUUUCUUUGGACUUGCUCUUGACGAGGGAAUAGUAACCUUCCGCGUCCUCCUCGCCUGAGAACCCGUCGUCAUCGUCCGAUCCAGCGUCUCGGGCGCGCUUCUUGCUCUGUUUCGGCUCCGGCUCCUCGUUAUCGAGAUCGUCUCCGCCCUGACCUCUGUCGCUCUUCUUGACCUUCGCCUGAUCCCGCUUUCGAGGUUUAUACGGCAGGUCAUCGUCGCCGCCCAUCGUCGCCGCCCGCGCGCCAUCGCGCUUGGCAGCGGUGCUCGCGACCUUGGCCGUGUAGAAUUGCAACGACUUUUUGCGCGCCUUCUUGUCCGCAAGGUCGGCGUUCUGAAGGGCAGAUGCCUCGCCGUAGACAUCCACCACGCCGCCGGCAGCUGCUGUAGUGGUGUUCGCUUUCGAGCCGGAUGCCGACACGAACUCGGGUUCUUCGAGGUCGAAGACGACUUUGGGUUCGGCGUUGGCCUUGCGUUUCUUCUUCGGGCGGCGCUCUUCUGUCUGUUCAUCUGCGUGAACAGGGCCAAGAGACGGUGUCGGAUUGGUUUUGUCUUUAAUCUUCUUCCCCUUGCGCUUCUUCUCCUCUACCGCAGCUGCAGGCGGGCUAGAACUGCCUUCCAGGGUUUCACCCGCUAUCAACUGCUGCAGCUCCUUUGCGCUCAUGUUAUCCAGACUGCCCAUAUCCACGUUGUUGCUCCGUCCACCCGCGAAUAGCUUCAGCAUAUCGAGCGCCUCGUCGUAGUCCACCGCCUCGUCAUCCAACUCUUCUUCCCCGCUACCUUGCUCGCUGUCCUCGUCGCUGAGGUCAAAGUCGAGGUCCUCUAGCGUCGCAAGAGACUGCUUCAGCGUUAGAAGGCGCUGCAUCACCGGAUGUGCGCGGAGC